GUGCUAACAAUGAAGCUCAAGGACAAAAUUCGUCGGAAGAAAAUAGCGGAGUCUGCUUUUGUGAAAGGUGUCUUGUCAACUGGCAAGCGGAGUAGCGUGACAUUAAGGAAACACAAAUACAAUUUGUCAGGAUUUGGAGAUGGCGAUAAUGUCAGUAAUAACUCGGCGUAUGAUCAUUAUUCUGAUGCUGGGAGUGACCUCGGUGACAGGAUAUCGGUCAUCUCAGUGGACGACAUCAGUAUGGAAGAUUUUGCCAUUCAUGAUGAGGGUAAAGGUGUUGUCAGCGAUGUGUGGAGCGUGGACAGCAAGUUUUCGGUCAGCAGGCGGCCCGGCGAGUACCCAGGCCAGAGCUACGUGGUCAAGAAGUUCGAGGAGUACUUGGAAAUGAUGGCACCACUCUCCGAGGAGGAGGAGAGAAACAUGCGCGCACUCUCCGUGGAGGAGAAAUGGAAGAUAGUCUUCAAUCUGCAAAUUCGGUCUCCAAUCUACUGCGCCACAUAUUACAUUGAGGAGCUUCGGACUUACACCAACUAUGAGAAGAAGAAUAAGCCGGGGAAGUCGCCGAAGUUCACGCGGAAGACGAACAAGGACCGGGAUUCGGAGCUAUCACAGCUGCUCAGAAAGCUUAAACUCGACCUUAAGAUGUCAUAUAGCAGUUUCGUGGUCGAGUUUCUCUCUGAGCCGUACCAUGGUAUGAAGUUGCUGAUCGAUCUUCUGAAGGACCUUCAUGAGGAACAACAAGCCAAGAUGUCAGGCACGAGACGGGCAAAACAUGACCUCAUGAAAAAGUCACUGACUGACGAAUACGACACCCUCCUGUGUAUGAAGUUCUGUCUAAGAGCGACCGAAGCCUUACCCGCGCUUUUAGACCUGUCCAACGGCUUUGAGGUUAUAACACACUGUUUGAUGAGCAGUUUCAGUCGGUCAAGGGUAACGGCCUUGGAGCUUUUGACUGCGGCUUGUGACUACCCCAACGGUUACCCCAGGGUGAUGGAGGCUAUCACAUAUCUCAGGCUGAAGUUCGGGGAGUCAGUCCGGUUUAAAUUUCUCAUUGGGAUGCUCCACAGCCAAGGAGCAGUAUUUGUACAAUUUCAAGGUCCUUGCAUGAAAUUCCUGAACAAACUGAUCAGCUGCGAAUCAAAUUUGAACGCACGAGUUUACCUUCAACAUGAAAUCGUCAUGGCGGGGUUUGAUGCCGAUCAGCUCACCAAGUCUGCGAGUGGAGAAGGUGUUGAAUUUGAUGACCUUCAGAAAGAGAUCCAAUAUUGGAAGGAUAACUACAUCGAUGUGCAGAAUAUCCACUCUGAUCUUAAUGCCAUGGAAGGGAGGAACUUCCUCCUCAGGCAGGAAGUGGACAUGCUGCAAAUAUCGGUCAAGACUGCAGAAAAGGAAAAGCGGGCACUUGAAAGAAAGCAGCGUGAGUUAAAUGACCGAUGCGACGACUACCAGGAGAAGGUGGAGUCACUGCAGGAAACUGUGGAGAGCCUCACGAAACUUUACAAAGAAAGGACGGGAGCGGAGGCGCAUAAGGAAGUGACGUCACUCGAUGACGUCAUGAGGCCAAUGGAUCGUCUGGAGGUCUCGGAAGCUGAGAAAAAUGCUAGUAUAAAGAGUACACACUCACAGAACAGUGACCCUCCACCCGCCCCGCCACCAGUCCCUCCCUCGGACAGCCUACCGAACACACCCAGGAAGAAGAGGAUCACACCCAAUGUCAGUCUCCCUAUGUUCAACUGGACAACGCUGAAUGACCCACACGGGACUGUAUUCAAGACGCCAGAAUUGGGCUUAGACAACGAGACCAUCUUCACCGAGGUUGACUUCAGUGACUUCGAGAAGAAGUUCGAACUACGGACAAAGAAGGAGAGCAAGGCUAGUAAGGAGAGAAGGGAGCGAGCCCUACGAAGACUGCAAGAACAAAUAAAAUUCAUCGAGACGGCCAGAGCAAGGAAUCUAAUUAUCACGAAGCGGCGGAUAGGCCAUUCAGCACGCAUGAUCAGGGAGUGCAUCGACAAGUGUGACUUGGAACAACUGUCUGGCGAAUCUGCCGAACUCUUGCUCAAGUUUGUGCCUACCAAAGACGAGUUGCGAACGAUGGCCCAACACGCCGAAGAAUACGCAGACCUGGCGGAAGCCGAGCAGUUCAUGUUCCAGUUGGCUCAGGUCGACCGACUCGAGUCCAAGCUAAGCGUGAUGGCAUUCAUGGGCACCUUCCAUGAACUGAUCAACGAUAUCAUACCACAUCUCGAGCGAGUAACAAAAGCGUCACAUUCAAUCAUCAACAACAAUAAGUUAAAGAGAAUAUUUGAGAUAAUACUCGCCUUUGGAAAUUACAUGAACAGCAGCAAGCGAGGCUUUGCAUCAGGGUUCAAACUGGAGUCCCUAUAUAGGUUGUCCGACAUCAAGGCCAGCAACGACCGGAACAUGACCCUGAUGCAUUAUAUCGAGGACACCAUCGAGAGGAAGUACCCGGAGCUGAUGGACUUCUCAGAAGACCUGCAUCUUGACGUUGGAAGAGGAGUCUCCUUCCAAGGCAUGAAUGCUGAUGUCCAUGCGCUGAGAAAGGGCCUUGGAUUGGUCAGACAGGAGAAGGACAAGCUUGAUGACCCAAAAGCAUUGGAGGAAUUCUACGAGCAAGCUUCAACACAGGUACCAAGGGUUGGGGAGCUCUACAAGCGAAUGGAGGAGUCUUACAAGGAGGCCUGUGGCCUGUUCGGGGAGAGCUAUAAAACGAUGGAGCCGGACGCAUUCUUCAGGAUAUUCAAUGACUUUAUCGCUUCGUUCAAGAAAGCAUCAGUGGAUAACUUUCGCAAGGCACACCCAGAACAAGCAAAGGAUAUUGACUACGGUACACUAAAAAAGAAGAAACUACGGGAUGAUUUUUUUGUCGUCGCCAAGACAUGUGCGGACGUUGCUACUCUCAAUCAGAAGCUUGAACCGGACAACAAUCAGACGGGCAUUCGCGCGGCCACUGAAAGUCUUGUACAGUAUAUUUCACACACAAAGAGUGAUAGUGUCUCUGUGAACGACAGCCCACUUGAUGUUCGUGGGAAACCGGACACAAGUUCGUACAGGAGUUACGAGGCCAAACCACGCGGCCACAUGGACGAAAUCCCCACCAACGGGAGUGUACAAAAUGGCGGAGUGAAUUGGGUGAUGCAGAACACUGACUCCGACCUUGACCUGAGGGAUCCUGGGUACUUAAUGGGUUCAAGCCGGUCGAUGUCCUCAGAACAGACUGUUAGUACACUUGACAGUUCCCUGCAUUCGAAUAGCUUCAACUCGACACAGUUUCCUGGGCUGCAAGGGGAUGCGGGUUCCCCCACCAUGCCUACUCCGGACUACACCAACCCCAAUACUCCCAGCGUUACCCCUUUCAGUACUUUUGGAAGGGCGUUCGCGGACUUGGAGAAGGGAGUCUACGAUAUUGACGAGACGAGAGUCCCUACAUACCCUGUUACUGGUGCUUAUACUCGGACACAGGGGAUAACGUUCUUAUAGCAAAUACCAGUUUAUGAGUUGGUCAUUUUAGGUCCGGUUGUUUUGGACGAAAGCCAAGAGUGGAGCUAAAAUGUCGGUGGGGCUAAAAACGUUAGCCAAAACCUCGGCUCGGCCUCGGUUUUCGUCUGCGUUCUACAUGUAGCUGCACCCUCGUGGCUUUGGUGAGCAGUCAUUCCCGACCAACAGUCUAGGUACUAGAGAGCUAGGUACUAGCAUCGGCGGGGUUCAGUGAGAGUGUGGCACCGCACUGGCCAGCGAGAGGCCUAUUACCACAGUUGAGAUGAAUUGGUUUCCCAUGCUUUCAUUGUCGCUCGUAAUCUUCAGCGAUGUUUUAAAGAUUAUCGCUUUUUGUAUAGUCUUCCCUAUUGUCAUAUGAUUCAUGUACAAUGUAUGUUACGGUAUUUGCACAUUGUGUUUUAUAACAAUUAAAAUUCUAUUGAUAU